AAUUUUCAUUCGCAGCCAAAUAUCAACAGCUCUAUCAUAUCUCAGACCACUGUUAGUCUCUGACUGGACUGCAAAGUUAGGAUUUGCGCAGCCUCUGCAGUGGAUUGGAGGAAGCAAGCCUACCUAGCCUUGAUACCUCUGCUUCAUUCAAAUUUAACUACUCGCCUUAUACCACAACUUAUUCCACAACCCAUAUAUCAUGGCUCCCCGCGGUCGCGGAAAGUUCUCCAAGCCCUCUCGCGGAGGUGGAAAGCGCUUCAGUCGAGACGUCCAACCCGUCGAUAAAGACGGUAACCCUGUGGGCUUGUGGCGGGACGCAGAUGAGGACGUCCCCUCCUCGAUAGACGAAGAUGAAGAAGACGGCAGCACAUCCGGCUCGGACUCAGACUCCUCCGAAGACGACACCCCAUCCUCCACCAAGCCCGGCCCCUCCUCCUCUAUCCCACCCACAGAUUCCGCAGCAACAGCAGCAGCCCCCGAACUCACCCGUGAAGAGCGCCGCGCAGCAGCAAAGGCUAAAAAGCAAGCUGCGCAGGCCCGUCGACUCCAGACCGCCGCGCAACCGGGCGAUUUACCCCCAUCCUCGUCAGAUGACGAGGACCACUCUGAAGGAUCGGAUGGCGAGGAUGAGGAUCUACCGGCGAACCCGAACCAUACGAGUAAAUCUCGGUCUCAGUUGAGUAGUAACGCGACUGGUGGUGGUGGUGCUGGUGGUGGUGAAGGGAAAGGCAAGGAUCAACAGGAUCUGUCGCAGCUCUCGCGACGGGAGAGGGAGGCUAUUGAGGCGCAGCAGGCGAGGGAACGGUACUUGAAGCUGCAUGCGGAGGGGAAGACGGAGGAGGCGAGGGCGGAUUUGGCGCGGUUGGCACUAGUUAGGGAGAAGAGGGAGGCGGAGCGGUUGAGGAAGGAGGUCGAGAAGGAGGAGAAGGCUGAGGCGGCGAAACGGAGGGCGGAGGAGUUGAAGGCGAAGUUGGGGGCGAAGGGAGGUGGGAAGAAGGGAAAGAAGGGGAAGUAAUUGAUGGGUUCAUUUUCUCGGUUUGGGUUUAGAUUUUGGUUACUGAGUUUGUUUGGCCGGUUGGUGUGGCUUGAUACCUGUGCCAUUGGUUAAAACAUAUGAUAUUACACUGAGGAUUUUGUAUUUCUGAUGUGAGUCGAGGGGGAGAGGGUAUAGUGGGAGAAACAG